GCUCCGGAGGGCAGGGCCGCACGGUGCGAGGCGGCUGCUGGGGCACGGCCCCGCAGUCUGAGCGUUCAAAGGGAGGUUCAGCUUGGACACGAGGGAAGGCGCCGCCAACAUGUCUCGGGAGACUGGAAGUGAAGCACAGCAGUCUCAGAGUGCCCAGCAGCCUCAGAGUGGGACCAGUUCUUCCAGUGGCUCACAGAGCACUAGUCAGUCUUCCUUAAGUUCUGGCACUGUCAGUUCCUUGGACACUGUUCCCACUCAGGAGCUUCCCUCCAUCCCUGAGGACCAGGAAUCUGAAGAGCUGGUUCCGCAGCCCUGGGGCCGACUCUUUGCACUUGGAAAAGGUUUCAGCAACUGUGACUGUGUCAAUGAGGAAUACUGGUUUGGGAGGGACAAAAGCUGUGAUUACAGUUUUUCUAAGCUGGGAUUGUCUGAGACUGGCUUCUACCAAAACUAUAGCAAGAAGCACUUCCGAAUUUUUAGGGAAAUGGGUCCAAGAAAUUCCUAUGUUGCCUACAUUGAAGACCACAGUGCCAAUGGGACAUUUGUUAAUAGAGAGCUCGUUGGAAGAGGGAGGAGGCUCCCACUGACACACAACUCUGAAAUUGCACUGUCUGUACUGACCAAUAAGGUGUUUGUAUUUUCUGAUCUUACGGUGGAUGAUCAGAUGAUGUUUCCUAAGGAAUUCAGAGAGAAAUAUAUUAUGUCAAAGACUUUGGGAAGUGGUGCCUGUGGAGAAGUCAAACUGGCAUUUGAGAAGAGCACCUGUAACAAAGUUGCAGUGAAAAUCAUCAAUAAACGGAAGUUUGUGGCAAGUGGCCUGAAUGAAGAAAACCCAGGUUUAAAUAUCAAUACAGAAAUUGAAAUUUUGAAGAAAAUAGAUCACCCUUGCUUAAUCAAGAUUAAAAACUUCUUUGAAGCAGAGGAUUACUACAUUGUUUUGGAACUGAUGGAAGGAGGAGAAUUGUAUCACAGAGUGUCAAGGCCAGUCAAGAUGAAAGAAGAAAUCUGCAAGUUGUACUUUUAUCAGAUGCUGCUGGCAGUAAAGUAUCUUCAUGACAAUGGAAUUAUACACCGAGAUCUAAAGCCAGAAAAUGUGCUGCUUUCAUCUACUGAAGAAACAUGUCUUGUAAAGAUUACAGAUUUUGGACAAUCCAAGAUUCUUGGAGAAGCUUCUCUUAUGAAAACAUUAUGUGGUACUCCCAUGUAUCUUGCUCCUGAGGUUCUAAAUUCACUUGGGACUGCUGGAUACAGCCGAGCUGUGGACUGCUGGAGUUUAGGAGUUAUUCUUUUUGUAUGCUUGUGUGGAUAUCCACCAUUCAAUGAGCAAAACACUCAACUCUCUCUGAGGGAUCAAAUCACUCGUGGAAAAUACACUUUCAUUCCAAAAGAGUGGCAGCAUGUGUCAGACAUGGCUCUGGAUCUUGUGAAGAAACUCUUAGUGGUGGAUCCAAGCGAACGUCUUACCACAGAGGAGGCCUUAGAGCAUCCUUGGCUGCAGGAUGAGGAUAUGAAAACUACAUUUGAACAGCUCCUUGCUCAGACACGUACCAAUAUGAACCCACCAGAAACAUCAAAAAUGCCAACAACAACGAGAAAGCGUCCCCAUGACAAUGAUGAAGACAAUGGCUCUGCUAAACGUGCUGUUCCUUCUACCUCCUAUCAGAAAAUGAGGUGAAAAGCAAGAGAAAAUGACUGUUAAUGACAGCUUUUUUAUGGAGAGCGGAAUUUUUUAUUAAGAAAAAUCUUAAUAAUGGAAUAAACGGUUGAAGAUGUAAAUUUUCAAAUAAAAGUGACUUUGUAAGACUGAA